AUGCCGAUGGCCUGGUCGCAUCCUGUCUUCGAUUCGGUUAAUCCUCAGUGGAACGAAAAGUUUUACUUCAAUAACGUCCCAGAGGACUCGACGUUCAGACUGAUCGUGCUCGAAACAGACAUGAUAGACGGUGAUGAGCGUGGAGAAGCACAUUUCAACACUACUCACACCAAUUUCGAUCCGAACGAAAUGAUAUCCUUGCCAAUAACGCUAGGUGAUCGCAAAGCAGGCAUCAUCAGCAUCAAGGUCAACCGACAACAGGUCAAUGCUGACUCAAAUGCUGUGCUUGAAGAAGUCGGUCCUGUUCGCUACUCUGUGCACUCGAGCUAUCGGGCAGGAGCGCUUAAGAAGUUGACGUCCGACGAUGAAGACUGGGAAUCGUUGGCGUAUAUUGUCCAGCUGCACAAUGUCCCUCUAUACCUGCCUAAUGAUAACGAAUGGAAUAAGAACUACACGAAAGUUCAGCGAGUAUUCGCGUCUGAUCAUCCCGAGGCACCUAUUCUUCGUGAAAUUGUCAAGAAACAACAUGCUGUGGUCUACAAACACGAAAAGAAAAGUACAAAAUACGGAUACCUUACCUCCCCUGAUGACUUCUUUCAUCUCGUCCGCAACGGAAUGCGUCACGGUAAGCCUGUGCUGUUUACGUACGUGAUUACUUCACAAGGCUGGUUUUUUUCUGAGACUGGAGCCGGCUUUUUUAAAGACAUGUUGUCGAAGCAUAUGAUGCAUUCAAAUAUUGCUGAAUCCGUCAAAUAUGCCGGCGAAUUUCGCAUUGAAGAAGAGAACGACGGCACUAGCAAGUUGGUAAUUGACAACAAUAGUGGUACGUAUGCCCCGAGUUCGAAGAUAUUGCCACAGUUGAAAUCACUCAUGGAAAACAACUUUCCGGGGAUCAUUUGUGAGGCGUUAAGCCGUGAGAAUGAGGCGUCAGCCAAGAGGCGUAAGGAGAUUCUUGAUGCAUGGGAGUAA